AUGCGUUUCUCUACCCUUUCCGCAGGCCUCUUGAUGGCCGGUGCCGCCGUUGCCACUCCCAGCCGCACUCUUGCCCAGCGUGAGCUCGACAUUGCUCUUGGCCUAAACAUCGACAUCACAACUGUCCCCGUCCUCACAGUCGUAACUGCCCUCGUCGACAAGAUCAAAGUCGACGCCGACGUCGAUAUCAAGCUGAUCCCAAACGCUAUCGAGGCCCUCGCCAAUGUCGACCUUGACCUAAGCGGACUUCUGAGCUGUGUUGUUAACGAGCUGCCUUCCGAUGUUACCGCCAAACUCUUCACUGAGGCUACUUCAACUGCCGUCCAGAAGCGCGAGGUCGCUGCUGAUGUCCUUGUUGAGCUUAACAAGCUUCCUCUUGUCAACCUUAUUGUUGCUCUUGUGCAAAAGAUUAAUGUUGAAGUGGAUGUUAAGGUUCUCCUCGGUAGCCUCCAGGUUCUUCCUGAGGUUGACCUGCAGCAAAUCCUGCGCUGCCUUGUUGCUAAGCUGGACAUUGGUGCUGAUGUUAGCGCUGCUGUCUCUGUCUAA